AUUAUGGUAACUUUUCUUUAUUGGACUCAUUCUUUACACAGAUAGCAAAUGAAGAAAAUACAGAAACCAACAGUCCAUUGCCGACUGGUGAAAACUCAAAAGCCAAUAACAAGAAGAUCUGGAUAGCUGUGUCCUUGGGUCUGUCUGGUGUUGUUCCCAUUGCCAUUGUUGUAUUGGUGCUAAGGUGUCGAAGGAAUUGCAAGAAGGAAACAACAGAAUCCCGUCGUCAUCCUCCAGAACAGCCUUCUGAGUCGGCAUUUUGUUCUCCUUUGCAUGACUAUGAGUAUGUGCAUUAUCCAUGUCUAGUAAAUGGCUUGAGGACUCCAAUAACAGCAACAAGAACUCCCUUAAAUGAAAGAACACUCACUCGAUCUGCCGAGACUUCAGAACUACGCCUCCCUGAUCAGCGACUUCUAACACAAACAUCCUCACCAACCCCUGGCGGUACCACAAGAAUCAGGCCGUACCCCUCAGACCAACUUGACAGAUGUGCUAGAGUUGAGGAUGUGGAUCCACAAACGGAGGAUUUUGAGUACGAUUAUGCUCGUGUGGAGAUCGAUCCGGUUAAAAUGCGCAAUAUUUUCCGGAUUUUGGGAGGCAAUGACGCUGUCGACAAUAUUCCGAACACUUGCAUGGAAAUAACGAUUGGCGAUCUGAGCAACACCGCAUUCACUCCAAAACCCAUAGUCAGGAAAUCGUCGCCCUCUCUGUCAUGCAGAAGUGAUUGUGACACCUGUACGUAUGAGAUUGUCGCGGAAAGAAAGAGUGGCUGUUGCUUGCGCGGAAAUGAGUGUCUGAAACCGCAGAAUUUGCGUCCACCAGCAUCUUAUGAGAGUUUAUCUGGGAGCCGCCCUGAGGAGUAUGAAGAAAUGGGGAAGAGAAGGAGUGUGAUGAUGGUGGAGGAUCAUGAGUCAGCUGAGAUUGAAGAAGACAACGGCCACGAAUACUACGUGUUCAAAGCUGUGGCUGAGAGUGAUGAAGGUACAGGAUCUUCUUUCUCUGGAUUAUCAAUUCUGAAAAGCUGACGUUUCAAGGGCUAAC